GUCUACGCUGCCACUUCCAUAUUGAUUUUGGGUUUCUUAGGUAUCAAGUUAAAGCUCUUCGGACAUCAAUGGCGGAUGUUGCUGGUCGCCCUGCCAAUUUUUGGCUUCAGUCCAAUGCUUUGCUCAGGAAAAACUUAACCUUUCAGAAACGAAGGAUGUGUGCCAAUAUAGCCCUGAUUUUAAUACCAGCCUUCUUCUGCUCGCUCUUUGCUUUCUUCCAAAUCGUUGUGGAUGUGUACACGAACAAACCCAAUACGAAAUGCGGAUCGGAUCCAGCAGAGAUCGGGCAUUUUGACGAUUCAUGUCCAAUUCCUAAGCCUCCAGAAUGGCCUGCCCUGUUAAAAAUACCACAGAAUGAUUUUCGUGCAGUGAGAAGUGAUUUCUUGUCGUUCAAAGACUUGCCCGAUGAGUCAUGCAGGAAGAAGGGCUCAUGUCCUGUCACAAUCCUCAUGACUGGAACUAAUCAUUCUUUUGCCCAAACAUUGGCUUCGAGCAUGUUUUCCGGGUCAUUCCCGGUGAAUUCCUCCGGUAAUCUUACUGAUUGGACUCAAACUGUCAUGGGUACAGAGUCCCCACUUCAGUCAUCCUAUAUGUUUGAUCCUGCGUUCACUUCGCCGGAUCCAACUCCCAUCUCUAAUCUGCAGCAUGAAUGCCCUCCCCAGUUAUCUACAUCAUCCGCUACACUUCGAGUAUCAACCACCCCAAUAAAAAAAGAGGUUACGUGUGUUCAAGCCCUGUAUUUGUGGCGCAAUAGUUCUUCUGAGAUAAACAAUGAGCUAUACAAGGGUUACAUGAAGGGGAAUUCAGAGAAGAAGAUUAAUGAGAUACUUUCAGCUUAUGAUUUCUCAAACUCAAAUGCAAAAACUUAUAAUGUGACCUUAUGGUACAAUUCGACCACCCAAGCUGCCGGUGCUAGAGCUUUGUUGCGACUACCACGCACCGUGAACAUGGCAACAAAUGCCUACCUUCAGUUUUUGAAGGGGCCUAAAACCAAAAUUAUGUUUGAUUUUGUCAAAGAAAUGCCCAAGUCUCGAAGUGCAAACAAGAUGGAUUUUGCCUCUCUUGCUGGCACAAUCUUCUUUACAUGGAUCGUUUUACAACUGUUCCCAGUUGUGUUAACUGCAAUAGUUUAUGAGAAGGAACAAAGACUGAGAAUCAUGAUGAAAAUGCAUGGCCUCGGUGACGGGCCUUAUUGGAUGAUUUCAUACGUGUAUUUUCUCACAAUAUCUGCACUCUACAUGCUGUGUUUUAUUGGAUUUGGCUCAAUUCUAGGGUUAAGUUAUUUCACUCAAAAUGACUACUCCAUCCAGUUUGUGUUUUUCUUCACCUACAUAAACUUGCAAAUAGCCCUGGCUUUUCUACUAGCUUCAGUGUUUUCAGACACCAGGACUGCUACAGUUGUGGCUUACAUUUUUGUCUUCGGAAGCGGGCUUCUUGGAGCCUUUUUUUUCGAACACCUUAUCAAAGAUGCAUCUAGAAGCUUGCUGGUUUUUCUGGAGCUCUAUCCCGGCUUUUCUCUAUAUCGCGGGCUAUAUGAGUUGGGGCAAUAUGCCAUUGAAGCCAAAUCCUUGGAGACUUCUGGGAUGACAUGGGAAAAGUUGAAUGAUAGCUACAAUGGGAUGAGAGAUGUGUUGGUUAUCAUGGGGUUUGAGUGGCUUGUGCUGCUUCUUCUUGCAUAUUACAUAGAUCAAGUUGUGACAUGUGGAAAAGGUCCUUUAUUUUUCUUGCAAAACUCUAGGAACAAGAACCCCUCAACUCUUAGGAUGCCUACCUUGCAGAGGCAAGGAUCUAAAGCUUUUGGUGACAUGGACAAACCUGAUAUUAGUAACGAGAGAGAAAAGGUUGAGAAGCUGCUCCAAGAUCCAAAUGAUAAAAGCUAUGUUGUCAUCUGUGACAAUGUCAAAAAGGUAUAUCCAGGAAGAGAUGGAAACCCUGAGAAAUUUGCAGUGAGAGGGUUGUCUCUUGCUUUACCUAGAGGGGAAUGCUUUGGUAUGCUUGGUCCCAGUGGUGCAGGGAAGACCUCUUUUAUUGAAAUGAUGAUUGGUCUCACAAAGCCUACCUUUGGAACAUCAUAUGUUAAAGGCCUGGAUAUUGUAACUCAAAUGAACGAAAUAUAUACCUGCAUGGGAGUUUGUCUACAAUAUGACCUGCUAUGGGAAACCCUGACAGGAAGGGAGCACCUACUGUUUUAUGGCAGACUUAAGAACCUCAAAGGUUCUGUGUUAACGAAUGCAGUGGAAGAAUCAUUGAAGAAUCUGAAUCUAUUUCAUGGUGGGGUGGCUGACAAACAAGCAGGGCAGUAUAGUGGGGGUAUGAAGAGAAGGCUUAGCGUGGCAAUUUCACUGAUAGGGAAUCCCAUAGCUGUUUACAUGGAUGAGCCAAGUACUGGACUUGAUCCAGCUUCAAGAAACACUCUAUGGAAUGUUAUCAAGCUUGCAAAACAAGACCGUGUCAUCAUCCUAACCACACAUUCAAUGGAAGAGGCAGAGUUCCUUUGUGACCGAUUAGGAAUUUUCGUAGACGGUAGAAUGCAGUGCAUAGGAAACCCAAAAGAGCUAAGGGGCAGAUAUGGAGGAUCAUAUGUGUUUCAAAUGACAACGAAUUCAGAUCAUGAGCAAGAAGUAGAGGACAUGGUAAUGAACCUUUCACCAAAUGCAAACAGAGUAUACUUACUGGCAGGCACACAGAAGUUUGAGCUGCCCAAAAAUGAGGUCAGAAUUGCAGAUGUGUUCCAAACUAUUGAGCAUGCAAAGACUAGAUUCACAGUCUAUGCUUGGGGGCUGGCUGACACUACAUUGGAGGAUGUGUUUAUCAAGGUUGCAAGUGCACCAAGGAAAAUCGAAUCAAACGUUUUAAAUACAGAUUAGUGUCGGAUUAAUAUACGAGUUUACGGUUUAAUUAAUUUU